CUGGUAUCUCCAUCUCUUCAGUAGAAUGACAGACACACGCUGUUACUUCCUCCUCCUUGUGUUUGUCCGUCUAUUUCAACGAAGGAGAAAAAAACGCAACAGGGAGAAGUGCGAGACAUGUGGGUUAAGCUUCUUCUACAGGCGAACUUAUAUCCGAUGCAAAUAGGCACAGCGCCUUUAGAACGCACGCACUGCAAGACUUUUGAACGUCCAGCGCCUUCGAAGCCACGCAACUGGAACAAGUCACAAUCGUUGAACUUUGGGAAGGUGCGCACCGCUGGAGUUUAGUCCUGAUAUUUUAAUGUGUGGAGAACACCCCGAGAGCUUGGCGUUCUGUUCUUCAUGCGUGCAAUGCCCUCUCGUAGUCGGAGGGAAAGCGCGGCAGGGGGACAAAAGGAAGACGAGGCGACCGAGGAGGACGACAGGGACAGUACAGAUAGUCGGCGUAUGCGAGCAAUGGAGAUGACUGCCCGCAACCUGUGCUCCGAUUCAAACGCAGACGAGAACAUUUGUGAUGGUCUGAUCAAACGCAACGGCGGCGACACGGAGAUCACCGUUCCGCUGUCCUAUGCCCUCAGCUGUAAGAAAAUCAGUCCUAUCGAGGGCAACAAUCUGUACAGGUUAAGAGACAGAAAGUUUUUACUGGAGGAUAAAAAGCGCUUGUGUGCGUGGGCACUCGCCACCGCGCUGUUUGGAAUAACACUUAUGAUUCUCCAUAAUGAGCUGUGUCCUGUCAUAUAUCAAUCGGGAUCGGUGUACGCCCAGACCCUUAGCAGCCUCAUCAGCAUCUCGACUGGCUGUCUGCUCAUCCUCAUCAUAGCCUUCCAUUACAAGGAUGUCAGGCUCUUUGUCAUCGACCACAAUCAGCUGGACUGGCGCAUUGCUAUGACCAAACACCGCGUCCUGGGCAUCUCUCUGGAGCUGCUGGUCUGCGCCAUCCACCCCGUCGUCACGUACUGGUGGAGCCCAGAGACGGAGGUGGACGGCCAGAGGGCGCCCUCGCCGCCCCACGAGGCGUCCGAGGCGAACGCCUCCUCUCCGCUGUGCCUCUCGACGAGGCACAAGGCGCUGCGGGACGUGGAGAUCCUGAUGUCGGCCAUGAUGUUCCUGCGGCUGUACCUGGUGCACAGGACCAUCCUGCUGCACAGCAAGGUGCUGCUCAACGCCUCGUACCGCACCAUCGGCUCGCUCAACAAGAUCAACUUCUCCUUCCGCUUCCUGCUCAAGGUGCUCAUGAACAAGUACCCGGCACGCACCCUGCUGGUCUUCAUCCUGCUCUUCUGGUUCUUGGCCUCCUGGACACUCACACUGUGUGAGAGGCAGAUGCAGAAGACAGCGGGGAAUAUGGAUACGGCCCUCUGGCUCACGGCCAUCACCUUCCUGACCGUGGGCUAUGGAGACGUGUCCCCAGUCACCAGCUGUGGCAAGGUGGUGUGCCUUUUCACAGGCCUCAUGGGUGUGGCCAGUACUGCCAUGAUGGUAGCCGUCAUGACGAGAAAGCUGGCUCUGAAUAAAGGAGAGAAGCACGUCCACUACUUCAUGACGGACAUCCAGAUCACAAAACGGGUGCGCAACGCUGCUGCCAACGUGCUGAGGGAAUGCUGGCUACUGCACCGCACCGACGUGACGAAGGGAAGCAGCGGGGAGCACCGGUACCGGCAGAGACGGCUGCUGGAGGCCAUAAGAGUUUUCCGACAACUGCGAGUCAAACAGAGGAAGUUGCGGGAUUAUGCCAGCGAGAUGGUGGACCUGCAGAAGAUGCAGAUGAUCAUGUACGACCUGAGUGCCAACUGGAACAACUCCUACCACGAGCUGGAGCAGCGCAUCUUAUCCAUGGAGCAGAAACUGGACGAGCUCAACCGCAGCCUUCAGCAGACAUCCCAGCUGCUGACCCAAGUCGUGGGCAGGCAGAGCCUAGAGCGCAGACACUCCCACGCGUCCGCUCCCCACAGGUGACUCCCGUGCCCACAGCCCACUGUAACAGCUGCUUGUGUGUGUCUAAGUCCCUCGCCUCUUCCCCAAGCCACUCCAUUUGGCGUCAUGGACUUUUCCCUUCAACUGUUCUGGACCUUAAUUGCUCGAGACUGUUUUUAAAAAUUUCUUAUAUAUUUGUUAAAAGUUAUGACAAAGUAUCUUAUAUAGAGAGAAUAUUGAGUGUAUUUAUGUCUGUUAUUUAUGCAUUGCUGAGAAAUGUCACAUUCGCAAACUGUGCCAGACCCUUGUGUGUCUAGGCAGCACCAUUGACAAAACGAACCAUUAACCAAGGCCAAGGUCAAACCUGUGGCUUAAAGGGCUCAUACUCAGUCCAACGAUGCACAGUUGCCGGGGGACGGGGGCAUUCCAUGAUGCGUUCCCAUGUUUCCUGGGGCAAUUCACAGCAGUAGUUUUUACACAGUAUUACCAGUUACAUAGAAGCUCCAUCCAGGUGUUCUUUUCCUCACUCCAAUGGUCUGCCUUCAACUUAUAUAUGAGAGCCAGCUACCCUUAGUAUGCUGGCAAGAACAAAUAAGAUACCCGUCACAAGCUCUCAUUUGCCAAGUAUACUUAGGUGACUGUGAUUGCCAAGUACAGUAUAGUCAGAGUGGCAUCACUUUUGCAAAAUAUGCCUCAGUAUCACUGAUGCUUCAAAGUGCAGGUUAGCGCCAUUUUUCCUACUGCCAAAUCACAGGACAGACAUCAGAUGAAUAUAGAUUAGCAACAGUUGCAUUUGGGUUUAGACACCUGAUGCUCACUAGUGCACUUUGCUUUGUUUCAACAGUUGUUAAAUAGAAAGGCAGCAACAUAUAGUUUGUAUUUGUCUUUAGAAAUGACUGACAGACACCAGUAUCCUUGCUAGUUAGGUAAGGAACCCACUGGUCAGUGAAUGCCUGUCUGUAGGCUACUCAACAUGAUGCUAACUAAACUAAUGGAACUACGGAUGCUAGUGUAACGAAAAAGUACACUAACACCUAGACUGAGUGCAGAUAGAUAGUGACACAAGAGGCCAGUGAAAGGCAUCCGAUUCCCUUUACGAGAGUCACCAUCUAGUGGUCAAAAGUGUGCAUUACAAUGAAAGUGUACCCAUGUAGCCUGACGAGCCAGACCCACAUUAAAAUGUAGGGUCUGGGCACUCCCGUUCGCAGUGCUCAGUCCG